AUGGGCUCUCAGGCAUAUGCUCCUCCGGAUUUCGAGUCCAGUGGCAGUGGGGCGUAUAAUGUCAGUGGUAGUAUGGCAUCUGCUGGACCAGGUAACCCACUUUUGGGCUCUGGUAAUAAGACAGGAAGCAUUUUCUCGUUUGAUUUCUAUCAAUGGUACUUUAAUGUCGAUACUCCAGUGGUUUUGUACCGCUGUUUACUGGCAUUGAAUCCGUUUAAUAAUACUCCAUUUAUCGAUAGUGAGGCCGAUCUCAAUGUUGGUUCACCUGCUGGUCUGAUUGCUGGUGGUGAUGGAAAUCCUGAUUUGUAUGGUCCAUUCUGGCUAUGUACAACAGUUAUUUUCGUGCUGUUUUUUGCCAGUACUCUUACAGGACUGCUGUUCACAGCCUGGCAAGGUGGAAAAUACGAUUAUAAGUUCGAUCUAUUAACCGGUGCUGCUGGUUUGAUGUACGGUUAUACUUUUGUGAUUCCAACAGGUCUCUGGCUGAUUGUUCGCUAUUUGAACAUUUCGCCCUCUACUACAUUGCUGCAAUUGAUCAGUUUAUACGGAUAUUCCAAUGUGACAUGGAUCCCUGUGGCCAUUUUGAGCAUCUCACCGCUACUAGGAACACCUACCCUGUCCAAUGUGAUUAGAUGGAUAAUGAUAGCACUUGGAUUCACACUAAGUGGCUCAUUCAUUGGCAAGAAUGUAUACCGGGCAUUAAUCCCCAGUCAGCAGUCCGACAGUUUUGUCAUCGACAGAAAACCAGCACUUUCCGUUCUGAUCGGUGUCAUCGCACUUCAUAUGGGACUGUCAUUUGCUGUCAAGAUCUUGUUUUUUGGCACAGUUACGGCUCCACCACCACCAACGAACUAG